CAGAUACUGCAUUUCGCUGCGGCAGCUCGUUAAUCGACCAAGGUGCUAUUACCUCGUCUUCCUUUCAGGUCCUUCGCUGCUUUUCGACAAACAAUCCCCGAGAAAGACGAGCACAACAAGCAGCACAGAUCUCCCAACCACCCGGGUUGACAUUAGCAUCACGCGUGUCCAUGUCUGUCCAACAUUACCUGGGCACUCUUUUCCAGCCCCAACCUCCAACAUUUGAGGAUAGUUGGAAAGCUGUUAUUUCAAGCUGGGGCCCUUCUCAGUUUCGUGCUCAAGCCAUCGAUGACUUUGAACCAGUCUUGGAGACCUCACCAUGGCCUUCAGUUCUAAACUAUUUAACCGAAACAGGCCUGCCAUCUGUGACUCUGGAGCCUCCUCCUAUCGAAUCCACGCCUGCGCCCGAGUCGUCAUCGUCAACGAAAGCUGAUUUGGUCGAUCGUUUGCGCCAGCACAUUCCUGCGACCUUUGGAUCACUUGUCAACCUUCUGUCUACCCCGCGCUCAAACGAUGAUAUACAAUCAGAACUGAUUGAGGUCAUGGGCUUCGAAGGCGAUGCCUUGUCGCUGGUCGAGGAAUUGUUAAAGCCAGGAGCGAGACAAGAUGUGAUUGACAGUUGUUUGCGCUCUACCCCUAACGCGCAGGACAAGAAGGAAACGAGACCUGUCCAGAUGGACAAGCCCGCAUAUCUACCAAAUGCCAGGAUGACAGUAAAGGGGAAGGUCAAGGAUAGAAAGAAAAUCAUAGACAUCUCAGACAUUGUUGGAUCCGCCGAAGAUAUCAAUAAAAGAUUGCAAGAGCAGAUUGAAGGUCCCAAAGCGAUGUUCUCGGAGGAUGGUCCCAAAAUGGUCGAGCAAGAGAUUUUGCCUCAUGUUUACACAGCAACGGGAAACAAAUUCGUCCCUCUUUCCCAUGGCGGGAAGUUCGCGCUUCCUGAGGGUACAAAGCGAGAAUACACAGAUACGUAUGAAGAGGUUAUUAUACCUCCAGCCAAUCCUAUACCGCCUAAGAAAACAGAGCGCCCUGUCAAGAUUGCUGAAUUGUCACCCAUAGCUAGAGGGUGUUUCCCUAAAUACAUUCAGUUGAAUAGGAUGCAAAGUAUCGUACAACCUACUGCUAUGAACACAAACGAGAAUAUGUUGAUUUGCGCGCCCACUGGUGCCGGUAAAACUGAUGUUGCUAUCAUGUCAAUCAUCCGCGUUCUGUCUCAGCACGUUAUCGACGGUCCUACCUCCCAUCCUUCAGGCUUCAACAUCAAUCGCAACGCUUUCAAGGUUAUUUAUGUUGCGCCCAUGAAGGCCCUUGCUGCAGAAAUUGUGUCUAAAUUUGCAAAACGCCUUGCAUGGCUCAGUAUCAAGGUCAGAGAGUUGACUGGUGACAUGCAAUUAACAAAGCAAGAAAUCGAAGAAACGCAGAUCAUUGUGACAACUCCUGAGAAAUGGGAUGUCGUAACUAGAAAGCCGACAGGUGAAGGAGAACUGGCUUCUAAAGUCAAAUUGCUUAUCAUCGAUGAGGUCCACUUGCUUGCGGAAGAUCGAGGUGCUGUCAUUGAGACUAUUGUGGCCAGAACACUCAGACAAGUUGAAUCAAGCCAAUCUCUCAUUCGUAUUGUCGGUCUCAGUGCCACCCUGCCGAAUUAUGUCGAUGUUGGAGAUUUCUUGAGGGUAAACCGAUAUCAAGGUCUUUUUUAUUUCGACGCUUCUUUCAGACCAGUUCCUCUCGAGCAACAUUUCAUUGGUGUUUCUGGAAAGCCUCGUUCAGCCGUCUCGGCACGUAAUAUGGAUCGAGUCGUUUUUGAAAAGGUCUCUGAACUUGUGGAGGCUGGUCAUCAAGUGAUGGUGUUUGUACAUGCGCGGCGAGACACUGUCAAGACUGCACAGACUCUCAAGGAAAUGGCUUUAGAAGAAGGUGUCUCCACUUUCUUCCAGACCGAUGGUCACGCAAAAUUCAGUCAGUACAGGGCAGAGCUUUCCAAGUCUAAAAACAAGGAGAUGAAGGAACUAUUCGACGCCGGAUUCGGUAUCCAUCAUGCCGGUAUGCUGAGAACAGACAGGAAUAUGAUGGAAAAGAUGUUUGAGGAUGGUUGCAUUAACGUCCUGUGCUGUACCUCAACUUUAGCAUGGGGUGUCAAUCUUCCGGCACAUGCUGUUAUCAUCAAAGGCACCCAGGUUUAUGACACUGGCAAAGGCUCAUUCAUGGAUCUCUCUGUCCUAGACGUCCUUCAAAUAUUCGGUCGAGCUGGUCGACCUGGAUACGCAACAAGUGGAGUCGGCUUCAUAUGUACCACCCACGACAAGGUUGAUCACUAUGUGACGUCGGUCAUGUCUCAGACGCCUAUCGAAUCCAAAUUCAUCCCCGGCAUGACAGAUGCUCUUAACGCUGAGGUGGCUUUAGGAACAAUUACCAAUGUUCAAGAAGCGAUGCAAUGGUUGAGUUACACCUAUCUCUUCGUUCGCAUGAAGAAGAACCCUUGGGUUUAUGCUAUGGCUCAUGAUGUUACAAAAGACGACCCGCAACUUGGCAAUAAGCGCAACGAGCUUAUCGUUCAAGCUGCUCGCCUUCUUCAAAAAGCUAGGAUGGUUCGAUAUGAUGAUUUGGCCAACACAUUCGGUAUCACGGAUCUAGGUCGCAUUGCAGCCAAGUACUACCUCAGGUUUUCCACUAUUGAGACCUUCAACAGUAAAUUCAAUCCGCGAAUGAGCAAUGCAGAUCUGUUCCAGAUGCUGUGUGAAGCGACUGAAUUCGAGCAAAUUCAGCUUCGAGACAGCGAAGUUGAAGAACUUGAGGCCAUUAUUGGCAGCGGUGUCAUCCCAUUGGAAGUUGCCGGAGGUGCGAUCAACAAGCGCAACAAAGUCAAUAUCCUGCUCCAAGCGCAUAUUUCCAACGUCUAUAUCAACGAUUUUGCUCUCGUUUCUGACGCUGCAUUCGUUGCACAAAAUGCUGGACGUAUUAUUCGCGCGUUGCUUGAGAUUGCUCUUAGCCGUAACUGGGCCAAUUGCUCCUACCUGCUGGUCGAGCUCAGCAAAUGUAUUGAACGCCGACAAUGGGUUUACGACCAUGGUCUCGCCCAGCUCAAGGUGCUGCAGCGUGAAACCAUUCAUAAACUUACUCAGUAUACGCCCGACAGCAUGACCAUCUCGGAUUUCCGAGACAUGACUGCUCAAGAGAAUGGCGAGUUCAUUCACAUGAACGAGAAGCAUGGGCAGGCUGUUUUGGAUGCCGCAAUGAUGUUCCCAACUGUCAACCUUACCCACACCUUGCGGCCGAUCACUCAUGAUCUACUGCAAAUCACCGUAAAGGUCACACCACAAUUCAAAUGGCAUAACAAGAUUUCGGGGAGCAGCGAACCGUUCUAUGUAUGGGUACAAGACGAAGAAGGUUUGAACAUCUAUCAAUGGCGUAGUGUCCGCGUCACGCCCUCAACUACGGUUAUCGACAUCGACUUUUUCCUACCCUUUGACGAUGUGCCUCCAGACUCGAUAUCGAUUAUCUCCAUAUCCGACAAAUGGCUAUGGUCCUACGAGCAACUCGUCAUUCAGCUGGGCGAUCUCAUAAUGCCGCCUCCUCCAAAGGAAUCCACGCAAAUCCUUGGCAUUCCGUUCCUGCGCCGCUCCUGCUUCAAUGAUCCCCAGCUAGAGCAGCGAUAUGCUCAGACGUUGGACACGUUGAAUACAAUCCAGAGCCAUGCCUUCUGGAUGCUUUAUAAUACUUCUAUGAACGCUGUUGUCUCUUCUCCUGUUGGAAGCGGAAAGACUUUACUGGCUGAGGGAGCUAUAUGGAAUGCUUUCCGACACAACAAAGAGUCGGUUGUCUUGAUAAUGGUGCCUGAGCGCUACGCUGUACAUGAGACCGUUGCGAGAUUACGAAAUUUAUGUCCUCCAAAGCGAAGGGUAAUCAUCAGACCUCUCUUCAACGUGUCCGACUUUGACCAACUUCUCUCUGGAGGGCCUGCUAUUGGAGUUACGACACCUUUUGCAGUCCUGAGCAAUGAAAAAAUUGAUAACUUCCUGAGUACUCAACGCUUGGGGCUGUAUGUCUUUGAAGAUUUACACCUUCUCGAUGAAGUGUACGAACUUGCCGUAUCAAAGAUUUUGACUUUUGCCCGCACUGCACGAACCCGAAUCGUCGGUACGACGUCAUCUCUCAGCGAUCCUUCUGAUCUUGCUGAAUGGCUUGGGGUUGACCCUGGGCCGUUGGAUCAAUGGGGAAAACCUGUCGCUUCACAACCUCCCGCUUUGUUCAGUUUCGCUCCCUCAGAUCGUGGCAAUCAUAUUUCUGUGUCCAUCAAAUCGUUCACAAUUCCCCACGGUCCUACCUUACUUCGCUCUAUGAUCAAACCCACUUACGAUAUUCUCAAAUCCGUGACAGGCGGUGCUAUCAUUUUUGUGCCAUCCGUUCAAGCUUGUGCCACCGUCGCCGCCGAUCUUGUCACUCAAUCCGGAACCGAGAUGAACGUCGAUGGCUUCCUUUCUCGGCCUCGCGACGAGGUCGAGCCGUUCGCUGAACGCUUGAAAGAUGAGAAAUUGUUUGAACCGGUGCUUCAUGGUAUCGGUUACAUUACUCGUGAUAUGGCACCGACGGAUAUCGCCAUUGUUCUUGAGCUUUUUGCGAGUGGUAUUAUCCGUGCUAUCAUCGCCCCUCGUCAAUCAUGUUGGACACUUCCAGUGCGAGGUGAAAGCGUCAUCAUUAUGGGCACGCAGUACGUGCGCAUGGAAGCGAGACCCGAAGGCAAGGGGCCCAAAGCAAAGCCUGAAAAGCACCUGGUAAGCUAUUCAGCGAAAGAAUUGGUGAAGAUGCAAGGCUUCGCUGUGGUUUCGGCGGCCCCCACUGCCCCGGGUGGAAGGAUGUUUAUCAUGUGCCAGGCAGAGCAGCAAGUCAUGAUCUCUCGAGUACUCAAAGAGGGUCUCCCAUUGGAAUCUAAAAUCCUCGAUCUUCUUUCACGUAGAUCUACACCAUCCUCUUCGAUCGACCCAAGAGCUAUUCAAGCUCUCAACAAUUUUUUCAAGGGUCGCAGACCUCCUCCUCGUCCUACCGUCGACAGACCCCGCCGACCUGACGGCAGGAAGGCGGACAUGAUGGACAUCGUAAAUUGGUCAUUCCUUUCUGUCAGAGUGAAGAGCAAUCCUAGCUACUACCAGCUCGUUAAGGGGUCAGAAGCGGAAGGUAUCUCAAGAGUAAUUGACGGAUGGUUUGAUGCUAUGGAUGGAAUAAAGGUGGAGACUGUUGAGGAGCAAAGGAGGCUGACCGUUGAGGAUGCGGAAGCGCAAGAAGAUAGAAAGGACGACGUGGAGAAGGCAGACUUGAAUUCUGACCAAGAGGGUGGAGUUGCAAACGUUGAGGAGAACGGCAACUUAGAUGAAUCAGAACAGAAGGGCACAGCGAGCGAGAAGUCAGGACAGAGUGUAGGACUUUGUAACACUUUGGAAGUCAAUUGAAAUGGUGAGACAUAACAGACAUCUAUAUGCAACUGUGCUCUGGG